AUGGUCAACAUCCCUUCGUCCAACAAGAUCCAUGCCUUACCUGUACUGGUCAAUUAUCACCUCCCGUCCUCUUCAUCCUGCUUCACUGCGCUCUUCCCCGCGCCGCAGCAGGUCUACGUGCAUGUCAAGGCGGCGUCCAAGGUCAAGGAUGGGGAGGAUGAGACGUGGGGUUCUAUCCCGCUCAAGGCUGUAGUCCAAGGCGUGAUGCUCGCUAGUCCCGAACUACACCCUUUCGACUCCUCCACACCCGACAGAUCUCUCUACGUCCUGGAUGCGCGCGAAACUUUUCUGCGCAGACAGCGAAACGCCAACAUCCCAUUACAUCUCCGCUCGGACCGCGCCUCUUCGCCCGCGUGUGGUUCCUCGCCACCGCCUCCCGGCUCGGCGUCGGCGGAAGUGUGGUCCGGAAAGGGCCUUGUUAGCUGGGCAUUGGCGGAGCCGGGACAGGGGAAGAACCUCAUUACCGGCAGACUCAUCCAGUCUAUGGAGUUUGCGGCGGUUGGCGCGGCGCAGGUGGAAGGGAUGGACGCGCUGGAGGCGCUGAUGAUCGCGGAUGGAGAGGGAUGUUGGGGAUUAGAGGUGAACAUUUCGAUGAGGCCGCAAGGGGGACCGAUGACGGGUCCAUUGGGUGGUCAGGGCGCGAGGGCGGGGACGCCGGUGCCUAUGGGAAACAGAGGGGACAGGGAGGCGUCCGUCCUUUCUGAAGUCCCAUUCCAGGUCAAGCGGGAGAUGACGCCGAGUCAGACCGUCCAGCCAACACUCGUGCGCGCUUCAACGUCGACGCGUAUCCUUUCGCGACCUACGGUCCCCCACACCCACUCUGCGCCUGCUCAACCCAGCUCCACCCCCGCCGCGUCUUCCUCCUCCCGCAAGACCCGCGUCGCAAGCAGCAGCGGCAGCAAGAAGCGGAAAGCCACAGCGGCAGAUGACCGCGCGCUCGCCAAUAUCAGCACCAACUCCUCGGCUGACAGUAUCCACCGCGCGGUCAGGGACGACUCGCACGAUCCUAAAUUCAUGAUCCCCUCUAUCCCCGCCGCGAUCUACAACAACCCCUCCAGUCUGACCAAGGACCAGGUGAACCGGCUCCUCGCAUCCCCGGCGUUCCUGGAUCUGUUGGAAAAAACGGCGGGGCAGCCGAUUGUGGAUGCUGCCACGAAAAAGGAGCAGCAGAUUGCGACGGCGACGGCGGCCAAGAGGGUGAAGCACGAUCAUGGGGAUGAGUGUGGGACUGGGGAGAACAAGUGUUAUAAUUGUGGGAGGACGAAGAGCAGUGUUUGGAGGAGUAGGACGAUGGAGGAUGGGUCGGCGGUCAGGGUGUGCAAUGCGUGCGGGCUUUACUGGAACCAGAGGAAAGAGAUGCGUCCGCCUGCACUCUGGUCCGCGGUCGACGACGAUGUUACGGAGCGACCACGGUCGACAAACCCCAAACCCAUUAUACCCCGCAACCCCCCUAUCCACCUCACCGCCCGCGCCGCCGCCGCUGCUGGCAAGGGAAAAGCAGGGUCUGCUAGCUCCAGCACUGCCACGUUCAAGCGCACCCUCUCAGCCGUCGUCGAGGAGGAUGCGAAACGCAUUGCCUCGCGUCGACCAUCCUCCACUACCCCGGCAGUCCGGUCGAACCUCAAUCCCGCUCGCAACGCCCCCGCCCCCGCACCCGCUACCUCUCCCGCCCAGAGCACGCGCGCAAAGACUAUGCGUAACGCCAGCUGGAAGAAUCCGCAGGGGAACCAAGUCGCUUCGUCCCCUGGCGGAUGGGUCAACCCGGAUGCUCGCGCUGUUACCGCCAGCGAGGCGUUCGAGCCUGUUGCCAGCUCGGCCGCUCAGCCCGCAUCGGGCAGCAGAGGCUUCAAUACCCAGAGCGGGAUCCAGUCGCUCCAGCUCCCGCAGUCGGAAGACCAGUUCCAGAUUGCUGGGAAUUGGGACACGGAUCAUUCGACCCUAUUUGACUUUGAGGCGUUCGAGCAGCGGAAUGACAAGGCCGAGGGCUCUCACCAUGGGCACCAGCAGCCACUUCGGCGGUCACCACGGAAACACAUCCCUCGGUCCCAUGGUCACGGCCACGGUCAUGCUCCGUCAGAUACCGACCCCCUCUCUGGCUUCUACCCUACUUCCACUGCCCCCGGACCCUCAUCCCCUCGGUCCAACUUUGACUUUUCCGCCCUCCCGCCCUCAUCGCCGCCCUUCAUACCCGGUGCGGCCAACUACCACGUCCUCGGCCCCCAUGCCAACGCGCAAGGCGGGGGAAUCGCCAGCCUCCUCAUGUCCAGCCCGGACUUUUCGCCAUCAUCCCUCUUCGGACCGAGUCCGACCGACAGUAAUGGCGUGCCCGUGCGCUUGACGCCAGAGAAGAAUAAGAGCGGGCUCCGGAACAGCUUUACGCCGAUCCAGGAGGGACGGGAAGGCAGCGAUAGUGCCGCCGCUUCGGAAUCGGGCGUGGGCGUCGUUGGACUUGGCGUAGGCAUGGAGGGGCUGGAUGCGCCAUUUAGUUUCGGAGCAGACACGCAGCAGGUGCCAGAGGGAGAAGUGUCGAUGGAGGAUAUCACCAAGGCGCUUAAUGAGAGCGGGAUGGACCAGGCGGCGUGGGACGAGCUGUACGCGAUGAUGAACGAGGUGAUUCCGCAGGAAGGGGAGGUGUUUGGGAUGCCUCCCUUGCAGCCUUUGGAGGGGCAGGGGCAGGCGCAAAAAGGACAGGUGGGAGGUGGGGAUGGGUUGGAUCUGGGCGCGGGGGAGGACUGGGCGGCGCUCUUCAACUUCAGCCAGGAGUAG